AUGUCGAAAGGCGCGGAUUUUCUUGCGGCGGCCGCGUCAGGCCGCGUUGCGUCGCCGCGGCCAUUUGAAUUCCGGCCGGUAUACUCGUCCCACUCUCCCGCCCACGGCGCGUCGGCUCUCCUUGAUGACGCGCAAUGCAAAUCACUGCGGCACGAUGCUUCUACUUUUAUUUCGUCGUACAAAAGAAGCGCCCGUUUGUUUAUGGCUGUUUGUGUCGUUCCCGUUACGGUAUCGACUUUGAACUACCAGACUGUGGUCCAUAUAUCAGAUAGAAUAGUAGUCAAUGUCACAAGCAGUAUCGAUGAGAUGCUGAGCGAGUACAGUUCCAACCGGGGAAUGAAUGUGUUUCCCAAGAACCCUCCAACAAAAAUCGAGCAGAUGCUUGCCGGCGGUCCAUUUGACGACGAAUCGACAGCUACUCAGUGGUCAUAUCUAAUUCAUCCUGCAGCAAAGUGCAUUCACAGUAUGGGAAUUCUCAGCGGACAGCGUGUUUGCUUGUGAAGCGUAUCCGGAAUUUUCUCAUUAUAACCUUAUUAGCUUAUACUUUACUACAUAUAGCGUUGUAUUUGUUAAUUUAUGAUUUAAGUCAACUAUAAAUUGAUUGUUCAUAAUCUAGGCCGAUUGAUGAUCAUGUGAGCAG